AUGGUUUCUUUCACCAACGUGCUCACUGCCGGCCUGUUGGCCACCACUGCCCUCGCUGUGCCUCACAACAUGCACAUGCAUCGGGAUCUCCAGAAGCGCACCACCACCAAGCGUGGAGCUGCUUACAAUGACGUUUCUACCGUCUCCCUUCUCUCCGAAUCCAACACUAUCAGCUGGGCCUACGACUGGGUUUUCAGCUUGGAUACCGGUCUCCCCUCCGGCGUCGAGUACGUUCCCAUGCUUUGGGGCGCUAAGUUCUUCGGCGGCUGGCUUACCGGCAUCGAGACCAUCCUGUCCAGUGGUAGUGACUACAUCAUGGGUUUCAACGAGCCGGAUAUGGCCUCCCAGGCUGAUAUGACCCCCUCUGAGGCUGCUGGUUACUACAUGCAGUACAUCACCCCAUUCUCCGGAUCCGCUAAGCUGAUCUCCCCCGCUGUGACCUCCUCUUCCUCCGAUGGCGAGGGUCUGAGCUGGUUCGAGGAGUUCAUGACUGAUUGCUCCUCUUGCAACAUCACCGGACUGGCUGUCCACUGGUACGGCGACUCGAUUGAUGACUUCAAGACUUUCGUCGAGGACGCCAUUAGCACUGCCUCCAGCUACAGCUUGGAGGAGGUGUGGGUUACCGAGUUCGCCCUGAGCUCCGAUAUCUCUGGUGUUGCCGAUCAGUCUACUACUGCGGAAUUUGUUACCGAGGCUGUUACCUGGAUGGAUUCGCAAUCUAGCGUUACUCGCUACGCGUACUUCAUGUGUGCUGAGAACUACCUGCUUACCAGUGGUUCGCUGAACUCCGUUGGCUCUGCUUACACCUCGACUUCCGACUAA